AUGGAUGGUCGUCAAUUUGGAGAUUUUAGACGUGCCGGCAUGUCAAAAUUUCUCAAUGUGAUAUGUCCAGGAUAUCAUGGACCUAGUCGAAAGACAGUUCGUCGUCAACUUGGUUUAUCGUAUCAUAAAUAUCGAAAAGAACUUUGUGCUACACUAGCUUCAGUACGUGCAAUAGCUAUAACAGUGGAUAUACGGACUAAAAAGCAAACUUCAUUUAUUUGUUUAACUGGACAUGCCUUCAACAAGAAGUACGAAUCUAUACCAAUUGUAUUAGGUUUUCGACGACUGUCUGGAGCUCAUCGAGCAAACAACCUAAAAAAUUAUAUCAUUUAUGAAAUGCAACAAUUAGAUAUUGAAGAAAAAGUAUGCGCAAUCGUUAGUGACAACGGAAGUGACAUCAAAAAAGCGAUUAAUGAUAUAAAACCUGGUGAACGAUUUUCGUGUUUUGCACACGACAUUAAUCUUGUAGUAAAAAAUGGAUUGAAAAUAUGGGAGCCUAUAGAAAAGAAAAAACAAAUAACACAAACAACAACAGCAACAAAUGCAUCUAUCUAUAAUUAUGAUAGUGAUGAUGAGAGUAUGUCAGAGCCAGAUCGAGCCGAUAUUCCAGAAGAACUUGAAGAGGAUACAAUUGAUGAAAAGGCAGAAAACGAUGAAAGUGGCGAUGAUGGCGAAGAAGAUGAGGAUUCAACAGGUAGUGAUGAUGGUGUUAGUGAAUAUGAAGAUAUUAUUGAUAUUGAAAGUGAAGAUGAUGAUGAAGAUGAUUACCAAUUUACUAAUCAGAAGGAACAACCAUUAAUUCAACCGUACCAAAUUCAACUCUUGAUUUAUCGAUUAAUCCAUCGAGUGCGAGCUUGUGUCAUAAAUGUCCGUAGUACACGAGCUAUUUGUGAUUACGUAAAAACUCAAGGAAAAUCGAAUGAACCACCAAUUAAAGCUGGACUUGCAACCGAUUUCGAAAUAAGGUGGAAUACCACGUUUAUCAUGAUUGAUUGA